UGUGUGUGUGUGUGUGCGUGUGCACGCAAUUUCACAUUCAUGAUCUUCAAUCUGUUUUUUUCCAGUUGUUCUCAGAGACUGGAGUGUGUGUGAAGGGAGCCCGUCGAGGCACUCGUAUCAGCGCAGAGGAUCUGAGGUGAUGUCAUCAAGAAGCGACACCUGCCCGAGCAGCUUGUCCGCCAGCCAGUUAUCCUUAUCAUCGGCCUUUGGCUCCAGAUCAGGUUCCUCAACCACCAGCAUGGAUUCCUGGAGGAGCUCCCCGGGUCCUCACCGCGUAUUCGUGCCCCACUCCCCCAUGGACCUGCAGCUGGGCCACCGGGUCAGAAUCAUGCUGCCGUCCGGCCGUAUCAGCACGGGGACUCUCCGUUUCCUAGGGCACCUGCAAGGGGAGCCAGAUAUCCAGCUGGGGGUGGAGCUGGAGACGCCGGAUCACGGCCAGCUAGAUGGCAGCUACAGGGGGCACAGCUACUUUGAAUGCAAGCCUGGCUAUGGUACCUUCGUCCCGUUCAGCAAACUACUGAUGGCCUGGGAGUGACGGAAGCAAAGACGUAUGUUGACUCUCGGUAAAUCCAUCCAUCUGCCUGCUACAAGUAAACUGAUUUUUAAUUGUCGCUCACGCCAUACAACGCCGCAGUGUGGUCAACCUGUACCGAAUCUAAGUCUGAUCAUACAAGUAACGCGUUUUUUUUUUUUUUCAAACAUGUGAACAGACACCAUUUCAGCUGUCACAAUAAAACG